AAGUAUAUGAAACUGCUAAAGAUUGUAAUUGCGGCGAUGGUCUACAAAAUGUAUAACCUUUAGAUCUAGCCAUUCUAUUUCUAGGUUCUAGAUCUAGGUUUAGAUGUGCAAACUUAGAAUAGUUAACAAGUAGAUCUAAAUUAGAUCUAGUAGAUUUUAAUUUUAAACCUGACCUAAAAGAAAAAGAUCGCUGCGCUAAAAAUGUUACGAACAUUGGCUCACAAUUUACUUGCUACAACUGGUCUGGAAUCUCGAUGUUUGCUAGCAGCAUCUUUGAGAUUAUUACAGUUGACUCCAGAACGACAUCUUAGUACAAAGAAAGAAGAUCCUGCAAACAAUAGAGAGCUACAAAACAAAGAAUUGAAAAAUGCUGCCAUAACUGUUGCCAAGUCUCUCCAAGGAGAUUGGACCAGAACUGCAGAGGACCUCUUGUCACGUCUUCAGUUGAUGGAGACUCCAGAACAAAAAGAUCCAGUGGAAGUGAAAGAGGGUGAGGAGUCUCUUACAAGCUCGCUCUUGCAAACAAUGAAGGUUGGUCGAGAUAUAUCCAUUUCAAGACCUGAGAGAGUAAGGCAAAUGACCAGACAUGAAGCCUUUCCGCAAGGUGUACCAUUUGCUGAACCUGUUGCUCCAUAUCGCAAACGUUUGUCAAGGAAAGAUGAAAUGUUCUCAGAGCUAUACAGUGUCCCUAGACUUGGAAUCUUUGAUCCUGACAAAGUAAAAACUAUAGCUGAUCAACCUGUAGUCAGACCAGGUUUAUUUGAGCUUGUCAAUGAAGAGACACUGCAAUCUCGAAUGAGUCCAUUGCCAAAGAAUGCCUUUGAAGAGAUGAUAAAGUGGACUAAAGAAGGCAAACUUUGGACUUUCCCCAUAGAUAAUGAAGCAGAUAUGCAUGAAGAAAAGAAGUACUCAUUUCAAGAUCAUGUGUUUUUUGACAAAUUCUUGACAGAGUUCCCACCUAAAGGUGCAGUUCGCAAGUUUAUGGAGCUGGUUACUCUGGGAUUAAGCAUGAACCCAUACAUUUCAGUCCCAGAGAAGCAUGACCACAUUCGUUGGUUUGCAGAUUAUUUCCGACAGAAGAAGGAAGUGCUUACAGAGGUGCUAGGGGAAGAUGGCAACAUGAAGGAUGCUGUCAUGACAACCAGUGCGGCAAAGAAAAAAGCAGACAAGAAAACUUCAAAGCAAGCAAAGACUGUUUGAUAGAAAUAUUUUUAAAAGUUGUGUAAGUCAGUGGGGUACCAGAAAGUCUACAUUAGUUAAGUGUACAUGCAGUUCUUCUGUGAAUGAUUAAUGAAUGCAAAUUGAAUUGUGAAUUUCUUUUCUAGAAUAAAGUGACUACAAUAAUUAUGAAA